GUAAAGAUGACUAUCAUAGUUUCAUAUGAAAUCAUUAAACCAUCUUCUCCAACAUCUUCUCAUCUCAAAACUUACAAUCUUUCAUUGCUUGAUCAAAUCAGCAUGGACGAAUUCUUACCCAUGGUCAUGUUCUAUCCAAACACCACCCAAAUUUCUCGCGAUAUAAUGACGAACGAUCUAAAGAACUCGUUAUCUCAAACGUUAACAAAGUACUUCCCUUUUGCCGGCAGGCUUGCAAAAACCGCACCAGCCUACAUCGAUUGCAAUGAUGCUGGUGCAGAGUUUUUUGAAGCAUCCAUUGAUAACACACUUUUAGACUUCCUCCAAAAAUCACAACAUGAAGAUUUCGACCAGCUCUUUCCAUACGAACGUGUAUGGUACGAGUCAAACAAUAAAAGUCAUGAUCAAAGUAGCGACCAUAUGAUCCCACUAGCGGUUCAAGUCAACCAUUUCAAAUGCGGAGGAGUGGCAGUUGCAGCCUCGUUGUCUCAUAAAAUAGCUGAUGGAACCAGUUUGAUUCAUUUUUUAAACGAUUGGGGUCAAACGACACGAUUUUGCUUAAAAGGAAACAUAAAUAAUAAUACUGAAACUCCAAUUGAACCCGAGUUUUUUUCUUACCCAAAUGUAAACUUAAAUUUCAAUGGGUUUUCACUUGAUGGGCCAAAAGAUUGUGUCACUAGGAGUUUCGUAUUCCCCAACUCGAAAAUAAACGAACUUAAAAAGAAAGUCAUGGACAUGGCAGCUGAAUCCGGACAGCCCAUUACGAACCUGACCCGUGUAGAAGUUUUAAAUUGGCUACUAUACAAGUCGGCUGUCGUAGCGGCUAACUCCGGGUUUUUUAAGCCGGCUGCGGUAGGCCAUGUUAUAAACAUAAGAGACAAAAUGGUGGAGCAAGUGCCGAAAAGGAGAAUAGGAAAUCUUUACAUGAUAAUGAAGAUUUUAGCAAACAACGAAAACGAAAUGAAGCCAGAGGUGUUCAUCAAUGAACUCCAGAAGCAAAAGAUGAAAUUCCGUGCUUUAAAAAACAUCCAAGAAGCGUUUGGUCUUGUCGAUAUAUCUUCUUGGGAAAUUGUUAGAAAAGAUCAAGAGUUUAUUGACAAUGCGUAUAUUUGUACGAGUUUAUGCAGGUAUCCGACAUAUGAGAUUGAUUUCGGGUGGGGAAAGCCAUUGAAAACAACGUUUGGAGGAAAUCUAAGGAAGAAUACUUUUUUAUUAUUGGAUGCUCCGGAUGGAGAUGGGAUUGAAGCACUUGUGUGUUUGGGAAAGCAAGACAUGAACAUUCUCCAGAAUGACCCUCACCUCCUUGCUUUCUGUUAAUUUCGGGUAUGGGUUAAAUAAUAAUGGUAUUAGCAAAUGUUAUAAAAUAGCAUAACUUUAUGGUCUGUUUCAGAUCAAGUACUGACGCCUAUAUAUAUAUGAUUCCAUUAUAGUCAA